AUGCACCACCUUGCCGGAAGUAACAAGGUCGAUGACUCUGUUCUGCGCCAGUUAUGGGCUAAAUGUCUUCGAAUGAGCACCAAUGGUAUAAUUUCAAUCCAGACUUCUGACACACUGCUGGAGAAACUCGCUGAGAUAGCCGAUAAAGUCCACGAGUGUUAUUCUGAGGGACCGGGUCAUGAGACUGUCUCCUCUGGCACCACAGCUAACACUUACAAUUUGGGCAUCAAUAAAUUGGAUGAACGACUGGACAAACUGUCAUUAAAAUUCAAUGAACUUGCUAGAACCAAUCUGGAGAACGAGUUGGCCUACGUUGGAACCAUCGGUGGUACGGUGACAAGACACAAGCCUGUAAAUACCCAUGUAGUCAUCCAAGGCCUUCAAGCCGACCAAUUUACCUUCGGGAAACAAGAAGGCCCGCCAAUAAUGGCAACGACCGGUUUAAACACUCAAUCUAGUCGCCAAUUUUACGUCCCGAUUAACACAGCGGUUUAA